AUGCUAAAUCUUGGAAAUAAAAAUUGUAAGGAGCGCGAACAAACUAAGGCAUCCAUGGCAACUAUGCAGCAUCAUCAUAGUGAAAUAUUAAGGCAAACAACACAACGAAAUAUAAAAAUUGUUACUCCAUUAUCCACAAUGUUAUCAGUAGUAGUGCCAACACCCGCCACGACCACCACCACCACGAAUACACCCGUAAUAUCCUCCUCGACAAUGUCCUCUAGUGAAAUGGUUCGUAUGAAUACCGCCAUAUUUCAGACAGAGCAUAAUUCAUCGUCAGCAAUAUCAGGGUUAUUGUCAUCAACAUUAUAUUCAUCGUUGCUGUCGUUCUUGUCGUCCUCGUCUUCAGCAAAAGCAACAGCUACAACGAACAGCAACUCUUUGGGUCGAAACAAUAGCGAGACAAGAGCUAAAACAUCAUUAACACCAACGUGCUUAUUAAGGACGUUAAGGAAAACUAUUGCAAGCCAUAGUUUAGAUGGCAAGGGAGCUUCCAACAUUUCUUGUUGGCUCAACAGUAUCAUCAACACAAACAUCAAACACACAAUGAGGAGACAGCAACUUCAGCAGGAGCAGCAUCAAAAACAACCACAAAACCCGGGGUCAGUCCUCCUCCACCACCACCACCACAACAAACAUUCACAUUCAAACCAUUGUGCCGAAAUUUCAUUACAACAUCCAAAUAAUAGCACAAAUCUUGUACAGCAACAUGGAAGACACCGUUGUCGUCAUCAGCAGCGACAGAAAACGAAAGAAAGCCAGCAACACGGACACCACCCCAAACAAUUUUUAAAUAAAACACGAAAAUUCUUACAAUUGCUGACAUAUUUCGUAGCAAUCAUUACAACAUUAACAGUGCCGGCAACAUCAGCAUCAGCAACCGAACAACAUGUGAAUUUAAACGAAAGGAAUUUGAAAAUAGCAACGACAACGCCGGGGAAAAAUUCAUCCUGGACAGCAACGUUCAUAGUUAACACGGACAACAGCAACACUAACAUCAACAACAUCGAUAACAGUAACAAAUAUUCGCAGGAAUUUCAACCAACAGCAUCGCCAUCCCUGGCACUCAUUGAUGAGAAUGAUGGAAUGGCAUCGAACAUCCUUUCCGAACCAACAUCACCCAGCAACACAUUAUCCUUUGCAAACGAAAACAACAACAAAAUCAAUUCCAGGCUGGAUGUUGACAUCAAUAACGUCAUUAUUUCACGUUUUGUUCGUUCACUGGAUGGUGGAAGCAGCAGCAGUAGUAGUACCAGUAGUUCGAGCUCAUUCACUUCUUCUUCCUCAUCAUCGGCAUCUGGACCAUCUGGUAUUAUGAAUAUCAACAAUCAAAAUUUGGAUGUCGGUUUGGGCAACAACAACAACAUUGAAUGUCCCAGCUUUGAUGAGAGUUCGGCAUGUCCAUGUUAUAAGUUCGAAGAUGGUCUCUUCCUCGAAUGCCCCGGAACAACAGCAAUAUCGUUACGUUCAACCUUGGAACGUAUCUCUUCGCCAAUACACUCCCUGUCAAUUUAUGAUUUUGAUCGUUCGGUCACGUCCCUAUCGCAGGAUGUCUUCCAGCCAGGUGUCAAUAUAAGACAUUUGCAAUUUUCCCACUCACAUUUGGAAACGUUGAAAGAUAAUAGUCUCAAGAAUGUACGUGCAUCAUUGGAAUCGUUGAGCAUCGUUAAUGGUAAAUUAACACAGGUACGUACGUAG